AGCACACUUUUUUUUCCAAUCAAAAUAUCAACUCUUUAAGACUUUUUUGAUCAUCUAUUCAUCUCUUUCAAUCUUGUUUCCGAUCAGUUUAUACAGAUUUUCCCCACGAACAAAGAUAUCAUUUUUCGAUUUUUGAAGCAUACAAUGGCAUCUACUUCAACUUCAUCAGUUAGAAAGAGUUUCAGUUAUGACGUGUUUUUGAGUUUCCGGGGUGAAGACACCCGUAAGACCUUUGUUGAUCAUCUCUAUCAUGCUCUUCACAACCGAGGCAUUAUAACUUACAAAGAUGACGAGAAAAUCGAGAAAGGGAAAAGGAUCAAUGAUCAGCUCAUGAGAUCCAUAGAAGACUCGAGAAUAUACAUAAUUGUUUUCUCCAAGAACUAUCCAUCUUCAUCAUGGUGCUUAGACGAGCUCGUCAAAAUCAUGGAAUGCCACAAAACGACCGGGCGGACUGCUUAUCCUGUUUUCUUUAAUGUGGAACCGAGGGAAGUCCGCCACCAAAGUGGGGCAGUUGGAGAAGCCUUUGCCAAGCAUGAAAAGAAAGAGGCUGCUGGAAUAUGGAGAAAUGCUAUGAAAGAAGCAGCCGAUUUGGCUGGAAGAGAGUUGAAGACCACCUGUGAUGGGCAUGAAGCCAAGUUUAUCCAACAAAUUGUUCAAGACAUUUCACUAGAGCUGCGUUUCGUGAAUUCAAAUUCGAGCAAUGAUGGGAAACUAAUAGGCAUGGAGACCCGUGUAAAGGAUGUAGUUUCAUAUUUAAAAGAUGCUUCUGCUGAUGUUCACAUGAUAGGGAUCCUGGGGAUUGGAGGUGGCGGAAAGACGACUUUGGCCAGAGCUGUUUUUGAUCAUAUAUCCGAUUCAUUUGAAGGUAAAAGCUUUGUUGAGAAUGUCAGAGAAGUUUCAAAAGGCUCUGGUAUGAAGGUAUUGCAAGAGCAGAUCCUAAAAGAUGUGUCAAAUGAUCAAGGCGUUGGUGUAACAGGCGUUUAUGAAGGGGUAAAUAUGAUGAAAAAAAUGAUGCGUAGUAGAAAGGUACUUAUUGUUCUAGAUGAUGUGGAUGAUAUCGAGCAACUUGAGGCGUUAGGAGGUGACCGUACUUGGUUUAAGGCUGGAAGUACAAUCAUCAUCACAACAAGGGAUAAGCAUGUGUUGAUAACCCACCGAGUGAAGUCUAUUCAUGAUGUCAAUUUGUUAUCAUACGAAGAAGGAAUUUGCCUAUUCAGUAAGUACGCAUUUGGCGAAGAGAGUCCAAUUGAAGGGUAUAAAGAGCUAUCAGAAAAAGUUGUACAUUAUGCUGGUGGUCUUCCCUUAACAAUAAAAGUGUUGGGUUCAUCUCUUUGUGGUAAAACUGAACGUGAAUGGGAUGAUGCCAUAAAAAGACUAAAAACAAUUCCUGAAGAGCAAACUUUGAAAAGAUUGGAAAUAAGCUAUAGUGAUCUAGAAAAUGAUCACAAAGAAGUAUUCCUAGAAGUUGCAUGCAUAUUGAAAGGUGAAUUAAAAGACGAAGCAAUAAGAAUACUUGAAAGUUGUGGAUUCCAUGCUCGAUUUGCUUUAAAAGUUCUUGAGCAGAAAUCAUUGAUAACUGUUUCGGAUCAUGGGUGUUUAGAUAUGCAUGAUCGUAUUGAAGAAAUGGGCAUGAAUAUCGUUCGCCGUUUGCAUCCUGAUGAGCCUGGCAAACAUAGCCGAUUAUGGAUUAAAGAGGAAAUUAAAGAUAUAUUGGUUAAUGACUUGGGUACAGAAGCAACUAAAAGUAUAAAAAUAGCUGAAUUAUCUCGUGAUGAAGGGUUCAGAAGCAACUAAAACUAUGAAAGGGUUCAGAAAGAUGAAGGGACUUAGAUUCCUUAAAGUGUAUAGAGCUGAAGAUGAAGUGUAUGGUGAAGAUUUCACAUUGGAAACUGAUCAGAUUGACCAAUACUUACCAAACACUUUACGAUAUCUAAAUUGGCUUGGAUACCCUUUUCAGUGUUUACCUAAAACAUUUCAAGCAAAUAUGCUUGUUUACCUUGAAAUGGAUUACAGCGAUAUCUCUCAAUUAUGGGGAGGGGGAGAAAGAAAGGUUCUUAAUAAACUAAGAUUCCUUGACCUUAGUCGUUCAGAUUUGAUAAGCUUUGACCUUGGGAUGACUCCAAAUCUUGAAACAUUACAUCUUGAAGAAUGUGAGGCCUUUGUAGAACUCAACAUUCCCACUGGAUGUCCAUAUCUUGAGACGUUAAAUCUGAAUCGAUGUUAUAACUUUGCACAACUCCACAUGCCUGUUAAAUGUCCAAAGCUAAAAUCCCUCAAGCUCAGCAAUUCUAAGGUGAGUAACUUUAACAUUGGGAUGACUCCAAAUCUCGAGGCUUUAGAUCUUGGUGGUUGUGAAUACUUUGUUGAAUUACACAUGCCUUUUGAAUGUCCAAAGCUAAAAUCCCUCGAGCUCAGCAAUUCUAAGGUGAGUAACCUUAACAUUGGGAUGACUCCAAAUCUCGAGGCUUUAGAUCUUGGUGGUUGUGAAUACUUUGUUGAAUUACACAUGCCUUUUGAAUGUCCAAAGCUAAAAUUCCUCAAGCUCAGCAAUUCUAAGGUGAGUAACUUUAACAUUGGGAUGACUCUAAAUCUCGAGGCUUUAAAUCUUGGUGGUUGUGAAUACUUUGUUGAAUUACACAUGCCUUUUGAAUGUCCAAAGCUCAAAUUCCUCAAGCUCAGCAAUUCUAAGGUGAGUAACUUUAACAUUGGGAUGACUCCAAAUCUCGAGGCUUUAGAUCUUGGUGGUUGUGAAUACUUUGUUGAAUUACACAUGCCUUUUGAAUGUCCAAAGCUCAAAUUCCUCAACCUCAGCAAUUCUAAGGUGAGUAACCUUAACCUUGGGAAGACUCCUAGUCUCAAGGACUUAGAUCUUGGUGGUUGUAAAAACUUUGUUGAAUUCCACAUGCCUUAUGAAUGUCCAAAGCUCAAAUUCCUCUACUUGUCUGGUUUAAAGUUAAGUAACUUCAACCUUGGGCUGACUCCAAAUGUUUCGAAAUUAGAUCUUAGUGGAUGUAAUAACUUGGUAGAACUCCACAUGCUCGUUGAAUUUCCACAUCUCAAAUAUCUCAACCUCAGUGGUUCUAAGGUGAGUUACCUUAACCUUGGGUUGACUCCACGACUUGAAAAGUUAAUUCUUGAAAAAUGUUAUUAUCUUCAAGAAAUUCUUGCUCCAAUGGGAUGUCUAAACAAUCUUUUCCACUUAAAUUUAAGUGGUUGUAAUAGCUUUGCAUAUUUUUUGUUUGGUUGUAAUAGCUUUGCAAAUUUUUUGUUUGACAAUCGUUAUUAUGAGGUAUUAGGUCUUCAUCGCGUAGUUAAGUUAAAACUGAUUCUAGAGUCCACAGAUAUAUGUCCAUUGCAUCCCAACAAUAAUUUGCCAAAGUUUCUUGUUAAAUGUGAAUAUGAAGAGCCUCGACCCUUAUCUAGUGGAAAUGUUGAGAAGCUCAUUUCUUCUGGUCUAUGUGCUUGCACAUUCCUUGAGUCUUUUUCAGCAACUAUUUGUGGUCUACAGCGUUUAGCAUAGCUUACACUUAUAGGCAGUAUUCCAGAGGCACCCAAGGAUCUGUGGCAGUUAGAAGGGCUAGAGAAGCUAACUUUGUGCAUGAAAGAGAUUAAGCAUCUUCCAGAUAACAUUUGUAUGUUGAAGCAUCUGAAAUAUCUUAAUCUUAAAUCUUGUUGGCUUCUGGAGCAGUUACCAAAGGAUCUUGGCAGAUUAGAGAGUUUAGAGGUGUUAGACCUAACUGAGUGUAUAUCCUUACAAGAUAUUCCAAACAGCAUCUGCAGCAUGAAAUGUUUAAAAAGUUUAAAUCUCUCCUUUUGUAUUCGAGUCGAGAAAUUGCCAGGGGAACUCGGAAGUUUAGAAUGUUUGGAAAUGUUAAAUAUAGAAGGUUCGGGCAUAAGUCGUCUUCCGCACAGCAUAUUUCAAUUGAAAGAUCUGUGUAUCGUAUGGUCUAGGUGGCGGCUUUUGAGCUAUGGUUUUACAUGCUUGCAUGAAAUCUCAAGAUACACAGCUUUGUCCUACGUACAUCAACAACGUUAUGACCCGAUCGAAGUUCUUUCAGGCAAUCGAUGUUGAAGCAAUCAAUCAAGCCCAUGUGAUUUCAUCAUGUUUAUGAUUUCCUUAAAUAUAUCAGUGAUAUCAAGUCCUUGAAUGUCUGUGAUUUCAGGCAAGCAAAUGUUAAAGCACAGCUAUUAAUAGAUGUUCAAGCAAUUGAUAAAGUUUUAGUAAUUUCAAGUUUUUUUGGUUUGGGAGAUUGAUAAUGCGUUGGUGAUUUCAGUACAGAAACCUGACCCAUAUAGUAGGACAAUAUGGGUGAAUCGCGAAAAUACCGUGCAUACGCGUGAUCUGCUUGAGUCGUUUGGUUUUACACCCCUGAAACACCCAUUGGAGAGGUGAUUGGAGUCACAAACAAGUAUUGUAACAGGAUAUAAUAAAGUUGGUUUAUGGAUUAUUAGCAGCUGGUAGAUAGUUGAGUGGUGGGUUUGGAGUUUGUAGAUAGUUCGUGGGUUCGAAGGCAUAUACUGGAAAGCUGGAGGGCUAAUUCUGACAUAAUGUCAAACUUAAAAGAGUAUAAAACAAGAAGUGUUACGACAGAUAAUGUUGAAGCAAUUGAUCUGAGUUAAGGCGAUAUCAGUUUUCCCCACAUGGGUCGAGUUUUGGAACUUUUGAAUAAUCAGUCUUUGUAUAUUUUUGUUUGUGAUCUUAGAACGUUUUCGUUAUAAUAUUGAAAGGAUUUACCAAUA